GCCUAUCCCAGCCGUGCAGGCGCAAUGAACGCAUCACUGCGGCUGUAGUAGGCGCUGCUGCACGACAGGGACGGGACCGUGCUGUACAGCGUGUAACUGAGCCUGCAGUGGGACUUUCCUAUACAGCGGGACACACCCGGAGCGCUGCAGCGGACUCGCACGCCCUGCUGCGGGCUGGGCUGUAGGUGCUGUCCUGCAAUGUGGCGCUCUCUGUAAGCGACUGCCCGUCUUCACGCCGCUUUUGGGGGUUCGUGCUGCUCGAGCGAUACCGAACUGCCUCGUGCACUGCGGGAUGCUGGGCUGGGGGGCGGCGAGUCCUUUGAUGAUGAUGUAAUCAUGUAGUGAUGUAAUGUUGAAGUCACAACGCUAUCGUAGUUAUUAUAAUCUCUCCCCCAGGCUCAGGGACCCGCGCCGCACUACGCGUGAAGAUUAUAUUAUCCCGAAUCAAUGACGUGAACGUGCAGAGGAGUCGGAAGUGUUUCAGCAUCUGAGGGGGGGUCACACAGCGAUGCGAAGGAAACCGAGACAGGAAUACAAGCUGAUCACUGGGAUCUCAUUCCUUUUUUAAAAUGUAUUUUUGGGUUCUGCAAAUUUAGCCUCGUCUUCACGUGUUCGGUGGAGGAAGCCCAAGACAGAAGCACAGAACCGGACCUGAAGAAUCCAGCAGCCGGCCCGGGUCUCUUAAUUCUGCUCCUAAAGAGUGCUAUUAAUUUAUUUUUUUCACAUGAAUUAUUUGCGGAUCAUGUCAACACCUCUGCCUGACCUGGGUGAUUAUAACGCGCGUUGCUCAUCGGGGUGAUAUCGGUGUUCCUGGGAUGUACUCGCGCGGGCCUCACGAUACAUUAAUGUCUGUCUAAUAAAACUCUGAGACUGAGACAGGAAUAAGAAUAAUAAUAAUAAUAAUAAUAACGAAAGCGGAUUUUUUUUCUGGAUACAAUGUUUUUAAAGCAUGGUAUAUAAUCUGCUGUUUUUGCAUUUUACUGGAUAUUUAAAUGCAAUGACCUCAAAAACUGGGUUCAAAGCGGAUAUCUGCACGAUCGAUCAUAUCCGACAUUUUUAAAUUGCCGGCGCCUGGGUACACUCGAGUCCCUGGUGUGAAAAGAGCGGGCUGAUUGAGAAAACGUUCACUCGGGGGUCCGAACAGCAGUUAGUGUUAUUCCUGUGCGCGUGUAGGCUAUUUAUUUAUUUAUUUAUUUACAAAAACAAAACACAGUUUUUACAGUUUUGAUUCGAUCCCCUCACUCUGUUUUUAGGAACUCGGUUGACACACAGAGAGCUGCAUUGAAGCAUCUCGCUGUGGAAAUACAACGUGAACCUGCAGCGAUCCACCACGUGGUAUGCAACGCCUGCAUGAAGUCGUGCUGUCCAUUCUGUACAGAUCUCUUUCCGCUAGUGUUUUUAAAUCGCGACACUGUGUUUCAGACGAAACGUUUUCGGCAGUAUAUUGAGCAUGGUAACACAAUGGUUUAAUAAUAAUAAACGUCCUACAAAAUAUAUACAUUUAACACUGUGUGUGUUUAACCCGAGAUCUAAGCUGUUACCGGCUAUUCCACUCGCUUUUAUUUGAGUGCAAAGCCAUUAACACCCUGCGCCGGUGAAAACCAUAAAUCCUGCAGAUCCACAACCCGCGUCAUCGUCAAGACUCACGAGACACGGACAGGCUCUAUAAAUAACUCGCACUUUGGAUUUCCACGUGACCACGCUAAAUGAUGACGUGCACCCAUUCCCGGCACCUCCUCCGAUUCAUAAUAAAACGCUGAAGCAGAGAGGCGAUGUCCUGAAAGCCCGGAGUCCCGGAGCUGCACGCACGGGUGUUUUUUUAAAAGCUAGUACAACAGUGAAACUGUCAUUUUGAAUUCCCAAGAGCACCCCUCCCCUCUCCCCUCCCUUCAUAUCAACAGGAAUAAUGAUGUAUAUCAUUUUAAUUACCCGCAACACAGACAGUACAGCACAUCCGUGUUGGAUUAUUUAACAGUUUGUUUUAAAAGGAUCGAAACACGUGAUUCGCGUGGCAUUGCAGCUGGCACACCACCUUCUGGAGAAGCUUGUUUUUUUUCUGUUACCGGUUUGAAAAUGAGCCUGAAAGGUCGCAUUGAGUUCUGACCGGGUUCUGAUGAUACCAGACAGACCCCCUUUAAAAAAAAAUAGUUUGGCUUGGUUCUGGAAUGUUCAAACCUGACCGUGUUCUGAUGAAACGGACUUCGGGAGGUUCUGGAUGAGUUCUCCUGGCUCUGUGCUCUAAACCGGGCUUGGACCUGGUUCUGAACGGUUUUGAGAAUCCGAGCUCUGAAGCAGACUGGAAAGCUUUGGACUGAAAGGCUGUGGUUUGUGGAGCCCGGUUCUGAAGGACUGAACUUGUGACCGUUGAUGAUGGAACUGUAAAGACUGUUCAGAAAUUUCACUCUUGGAAGUUUCCAGCAGAUUUUUGUCUCCCUUUAAACUUUCUUAAAAAAAACAAACAAAGUUUGAAGAAUGGUUCUGAAGGCUGUUGGACCUCCCCUUUGAAAGCUGAGCCUGUGUGACGGCCCCGGACCCAGCCCCCCCCUCUCCCUGCCAUGCCCUCCCCCUCGCUCUCCCCUCACUCUCUGAGCCCCGGGCUCUCUCUCUCUCGCAGUGUUUCCCAGCUCGGGGCUCAGCGCGCUCGCACUCAGCUGCUCCUGGCGCUGGGCGUGGUGCAGAUGGGUCUGGGCUCCAUGAUCGUGACGGUCAGCUUCGUGGCCGUGGCCUUCACCUCCUCCCCCAAGGUCCGCCACGCCUGCCCCUUCUGGGCCGGCUUCUUCGUGGUGGUGUCGGGGCUGGUGGGAGUGAUCUCGUGGAGACGGCCAUUAACUCUCGUGGUGUCGCUGUUCAUGCUGCUCUCGGCUGUGUGUGUGAUCCUCAGUCUGGCCGGGUCCAUCCUGUCUUGUCAGAACGCUCAGUUCGUCAAGUCCAUGGAAAAGUGUAACAUGGAUCUCCAGCCUGCCUCUGCUGGGAGGCUGUGUGUUUGUGGAAUCGGAGACACUCUGAAGCUCUACCACUACAAGGACUGCUUCACCGUGCGCAUGGCUCUCAAGGACCUGCUGUUCAGUGCCUGUGGUCUCAGUAUCCUGUCCACUAUUAUCUGCAGCCUCUCCACAGUGAUCUGCUGCAUUCACAUCUUCUCUCUGGACCUGCUUCACAUGAUGGUGCCUCACCGCUCUCGCUCGGUCAACCCAGAAUGCACCACUCCGCAGGACGCCUUUCUGGCCAACAUGAUGGACUUCGAGGAAUUCGUCCCGCCAGUGCCGCCCCCCCCCUACUACCCCCCCGAGUACACCUGCAGCUCCGAGACCGACGCGCAGAGUAUCACCUAUAACGGAUCUAUGGAGAGUCCGGCCCCUCUCUACCCCACAGACUGCCCUCCUCCCUACGAGGCUGUGAUGGGACAGAGAGCCGGGAGCCAGGCCACCGUGUUCGAUGCCUACGUAAACGAGCUGUCCUGUGAGAGGAUCACCUCCACGGUGUUCAGUGGAGAAGUCUCAAUGGACAGCGGCUCCCUUCUGAUGUCUGAGAUCAUGGACAUCCCAGAUGACAGCUCCCCCUCGGAGGACUCCUGUCUGCUGGGAGUGGGGGCGGGCGUGGGGGGGUCCCUGCGUUCCAUGGACUGCGCCGUGUACAGACCGGAGCCCCAGCCCAGCCCCAGCCUGGCUCGCCGCUGUUACCGGGGGGAGAGAUCCAGCUCCUGCUCCUCCACUCCUCCCCCGCCCCCCCCUUUCAGCACGCAGUCCGCCAGCAGCUGCACCCGCCUGGAGCAGCUAGGGGGCGCCGGCGGGGGGGUGCCAGAGAUACGGGUGCGACCCUGCACCCCGUCCCACCGCAUUUCCGAAGGCUCCUCCCUCGGCUCCCAGGGGUCCCAGCAGCAGCAGCGUCGCCACAGCGACCAGAGCCGCCCCCCCACCCCCCCGCGCGGCCUGACCCCUCACCCCCUCAUGAGGUCACACAGCGACCCCGGGCUCAGCAGCUCCAGUGACACGGGGCAUUUCAGUGGCUCCGGCGGCAGUAAGGGACUCACUGAUGAAGCCUCACAGACCUCCACUGACUCAGCUCCCUGCUCUGAAGCCUGCCUGCUCCCCCGCUCUCUCCUGGCUCCUCCCAGCCCGGUCUCCAGGAAGUGCUCUGGGAAGGGCAGGAAGCCGCCCUCACUGAAGCCCCUCCCCCCCGCGGCUCAGCUCCUCCUCUCGAAGGCGGGGACUCGCUCUCUCGGUGACCUCAAGGUGACCCGGGGGCUGGUGUCUCGGUUCCUGCAGCGCUCCAAACGCAACCUGACCACCGGAGCGGAGCAUGCUGGGAACAAGCGCAGACACGAGGGGACGAACCCCGUCGAACAGGUCCUCCGGAGCUCCCGGCUGGCCACUAGGGGGUGCUGUCAGGAAGGGAUUCACCUUCAGAGCUGUGGAGACCUGAGCUCCUCCUCUUCCUCGCUGCGGAGGCUGCUGUCACCGGGCAGGUCAGAGCACAGCCGACCCCAGAGUGUGAGCGGGCUGUACAAGGAGUCUGCGCUGUGAGGAGCUGGAGGGGAACCUCAGUACUGCCCCCCUCGACCUCGCUGAGCCCCCCAGCGCUGGAGAGACCAUCCCACGACUCUUCAGACUCAACCCGGACCCCCCCCCCCCCCGAGCUACAGAACUGGACUCCAUACCGGGUCACUGCAGCCUGUACCCAGCCCCAGGGGCAUGCUGCACAGCGGAGUGAUGACUCAGCAUAGCGGUUCAUAUUUCUAAUGAAAAGGAGUUUAUCACUGUGUUUAAAACAGGGGGGGUCUUAUUUAAUAUAAUCACAUUGUGUUUUGAAUGCUUGCUGUGUUUUAGGUUUACCUGCUAGGCUAGUCCAUGUAUUUAUAACUCUGUGUAAAAGAGUGCUUCCAGCUUUCUAUGCAGCCAAUAUUAUCCUCCCUCUCUCCCUCUCCCUCUCUCUCUCUCUCUCUCUCUCUCUGUCUCUCUCUCUCUCUCUCCCUCUCUCCUUCUCUCUCUCUCUGUCUCUCUCUCUCUCUCCCUCUCUCCUUCUCUCUCUCUCUCUCUCUCCCCCCUCUCUCCCUCUCUCUCUCUCUCUCUCUCUCUCUCUCUCUCUCUCUGCUCUCAUUGUCUGGGAUUUGGGUUCACUGUUUCCAUUUCGGAUGCAGGAUUGUGUCCCAUUGAACAGACUGUAGUUGCCUCUCUAUCCUAGUGGACGUGUAUGAACUCAGGAAUACACUUCAAACUCUUAAAAAAACAACCAAAUAUUGUGUGUGUAAUAACGAUGAUACACUAGAGCACUGUACAGAUUUCGUGUUUAUCCCACACACACGCACACUGUCACUUAUUUCCAUACUAACAUGGCAGUUAUCAGUUUGAGUUUUUACUGCAACCCUUCGAAAAGUUUACCGCAGUAAAUCUGCACAAUCUUUUAGCAGUUUUCCCCCAAUGCUUCCCUAUGCUUUACCAGACCUCUCUGUGCUUUACAAUGCUUCCCUAUGCUUUACCAGACCUCUCUGUGCUUUACAAUGCUUCCCUAUGCUUUACCAGACCUCUCUGUGCUUUACAAUGCUUCCCUAUGCUUUACCAGACCUCUCUGUGCUUUACAAUGCUUCCCUAUGCUUUACCAGACCUCUCUGUGCUUUACAAUGCUUCCCUAUGCUUUACCAGACCUCUCUGUGCUUUACAAUGCUUCCCUAUGCUUUACCAGACCUCUCUGUGCUUUACAAUGCUUCCCUAUGCUUUACCAGACCUCUCUGUGCUUUACAAUGCUUCCCUACGCUUUACCAGACCUCUCUGUGCUUUACAAUGCUUCCCUAUGCUUUACCAGACCUCUCUGUGCUUUACAAUGCUUCCCUAUGCUUUACCACACCUCUCUGUGCUUUACAAUGCUUCCCUAUGCUUUACCAGACCUCUCUGUGCUUUACAAUGCUUCCCUAUGCUUUACCAGACCUCUCUGUGCUUUACAAUGCUUCCCUAUGCUUUACCAGACCUCUCUGUGCUUUACAAUGCUUCCCUAUGCUUUACCAGACCUCUCUGUGCUUUACAAUGCUUCCCUAUGCUUUACCACACCUCUCUGUGCUUUACAAUGCUUGCCUAUGCUUUACCAGACCUCUCUGUGCUUUACAAUGCUUCCCUAUGCUUUACCACACCUCUCUGUGCUUUACAAUGCUUCCCUAUGCUUUCCCAUGCUGCCUCUGUGCUGUAUCACACUGUGCUGUGCUUUUACUGCGGGACUCUUUUAACUGAUAUAUAAGGGUAGUGGCACACGAUAGCCUAUGGCAGAUCAUUUGGGUUAUCUGUUUUGAGCCUUUAUGGCCACCGUACUGCAUCACUCCACGGGGUGACCUGCGCUUCCUUGUUUUUCUACUGGGCGGUGAGGAUGAAUUCACUGACCCUGACUGAACUCUCAAAGAGAAAAUCAAAUGAAAUGAAACCUCUUCAGAUCUUGUAUGAUGAAUUGCAAUAUAAUAAAAUCCUAUGAUAUGC